GUGUACCUGUGUCAAGACUUCGCGAAAAUUGAGAAUAUCGAUAAUUGUAUACAUUAUUUCAAUUUUCAUUACAAUAUUCUAUAAAGCAAAAUUAAUCUUUUAUUAUUUCCCUAACUGUAAAUACAAAGUAAGUAAAAAUGCAUGCGAGGCGAAGAGGACCGAAUUUUACGUAUGUCAGUGGAUGUGUAAAAUACAUGAUUUUUGUAUUAAACUUUAUAUUUUGGCUUUUAGGAGGUUUAGUAGUUUCUGUUGGACUCUAUGCAUUUAUAGAUAAGUGGCAAGCAACUGGACUCAUAAAGUUGGACACUCUAUAUGACUUAAUAUUAAAUAUUAGUCUCUUGAUUGCGUUGAUGGGAGGUGUGGUGUUCAUUGUCAGUUUUGCUGGCUGCAUUGGAGCUUUGAGAGAAAAUACCUGCUUGCUAAAGUUUUACUCCCUCUGCCUACUGAUACUAUUCCUAGUGGAAAUGGGAGGGGCAGUGUGUGGCUUUGUGUUUCCAAGAUCCCUUCAUGGCUUUAUCGAGCAGAGCUUCACAGAGAGAGUUGUGCACUCAUAUAGAGAGGACCCUGAUUUGCAGAAUUUCAUAGAUUUUGCACAGAGUGAUUUUCAUUGCUGCGGUCUCACAUCAGACGGUUACAUGGACUGGUCCAAGAAUGAAUAUUUCAACUGUACUUCCCCAUCUGUAGAAAAAUGUGGAGUUCCUUACUCAUGCUGUAUCAACCCUACGGAUAUAAGUUCAGGACUAGUGAACAUUAUGUGUGGGUAUGGGGUUCAAAACUAUCCGGUGGCAGAAGCGAGCAAGCGUGUAUGGACAAGUGGGUGUAUCGAAAUCGUUCGUCUAUGGGGCGAACGGCAUCUCUACACUAUAGCCUCUGUAGCCCUUGGGGUAGCAUUAUCACAACUAUUUGUUAUAUACCUCGCUAAGACCCUUGAGGGACAGAUUGAGUUGCAAAAAGCCAGGUAUAGAUGGCAAACAUGAAACCGGGGCUCGGCAGGCGCGUACAGGGAUGAGUGUAGACGCGCGCUGCUGUAGCGACCGGAAUCGAACCCGGAGCCUGCCAUUCACAUCUAGUGCCAUAUGGAUCCGGUGUUAAGUGUUAAAGUGUGAACAAAGUGUAAAGUGAACAGUGUUUUAGUGAAAAGGUGACAUCAUGAAAAGGUAAGGAAAUGAUAUGGUCACAUUGACACCAAAUUUAUAUGGGCCACAUGUAACAUCUACUAAAAUAACUAAAUAUACAUAUAUACUCCUUCAGUGUACUAAAACAAUUAUCAGGCCUGAUAGAAAAUUAAGUCUAAAAAGUUGUUGUUGUUAUGAAACAUUUGUUUCUUAUCUACGAUUGAUGUAGAAGCUUUAAAAAAAAACAAGGACAACAAGAACAGUGCAAUGUGCCAAGCUGGAUACAAAAAGCAAUAUGGUUUCUGAACUUUAGGAGUACCUCAUUGGGAAAACAUGCAAUAAUGUUGGUAUUUCAAAUAAAGUCUUCACAUCUAUGUCAAUUGUCUAUGUUUUUUGCAAUGACUUGACUUUUUAUUUUAAAAUUUCCAAUAUAAAAUAGUGGCAAGAAUUUUGAUGUCUUUCUCGAUAAUAUAAUAGGUACCCGUUUCGAAGUAAUGUUAUCAUAUAUACAAUUUUAUUAAGUGGACUUGCUUACCACAAAGUAUGUUUACAACAAACAAACAGAUGAAGAGAAAAACAUUAAGACGUCUGACUUUUAAUU